GAUUUUAGUUAAGAAAACUUUGGACGUCGGUCUGACGCACGAAACCUUUUUUUCAGCUAUUGAAUCACGGAUUUCCUGAAAUGUUAUAUUACUCGAGCCUUCAAAUUCUCGAGUUCAUGGUAUUAUGCAUAUACGUAUCCGACACCUUGGUGGGAUGGUAGAGGCUCGUGCGCGGCGCGAUGAACCGACUCGAAAGCUACCGGAAUUAUUAACUCCUGUCAGUCUAGGUAGCUCGAUCCAGCAAAGAACACUUGAUUGUUUCUUCCACUUGUUAACACCAUUUUAAGAAAAAACGAUUUCAUACAGAUUUCAAACGCGGAGGAUAAAGUUUUCGCUUGAAAACUCGCAUACCCCUUUUUUGAUACACAGUCUCUUUAAUAUCUUUAAAAAAAAUGUUGAAAAUAUCCAAUUCAUCCGAGACUAUAAAUUUAUAAUCAUAUCUCGUACAAAGAUCGAUACGGAAUCGCUUCGACGAUGUCGUUACGUUCGAAUGAAGCCAUUUUGGGGUUCAAGUGUCGAUUGUUGGAAAAAGUUUGAAGCGUUUCUCGCGUGUGGAUUUUGAGAAAAGUGGAGGAUAUGGAGGAAAGACUGGAGGAAAUCGAGGAGAGUAGCAACUCGUGUUCGACAUCCACGUCGUCAUCGGCGUCGGUGCGUGGCAAGAAACGGUGCACGGAAAUGCGUUCGGAAAAGCCGGCGUACCUUCGCCAGAAAGAGAAGAUUAUAUACCCGAGGAAUACGAGGACACUGACGAAAACAUCCGUUGUCGGAGGCAAACCAAUCGAUGAGAAGACGUGCAUGGCCCUGAGAACGUUGGUUUUCGGGAGUUGCGCCACUCCACCGAGGCCGGAAUGGGCGAGGACCGGGUUCACGUUGCGACCUUACGGGCAAAGCUUGGCGUUCGGAUUACGGGCACCGAGGAACACGACCAGGGCCCUCGUCACGGCUGUGCAAGCCGUGAUGCUCAAGCAUUUCCUGUUCAAAUCUAAGCGGCGGGACAGCCACCCCGAAAGCCUAUUGAAACCGUCGUACGACAGGCAGAUCGAUGCGUUGACGUCGACGAUAGCCGAGAUUGUUUGGCGUUGCGCCGGUGGGUUCGCCGUGCAAAAUGUUGGUUGCUCGCCGAGUCAAAGUGUCGGCGGAAACGAGAACGUGUCCACGGCCGUGGUGGUGUUGCCACAAGAGACCCCCUACGUGCAGCAUAGCGUGCAAUACUUUCAGGAUGGUCUCACCGAGACCCUGCAUUUGUUCGAAUUCGAAUCUUUGGACGAUCUGGAGAUAUUUAUCAAGAGAUACUUAUACUUGUUUCAAGACGAGGGUAGUCCCGGUGCUAUAUUGCUGCUGUACAGCGCUGUACUCUCCAGAGGACUUUCCAAAGUGAAAAUCGAUCUGGAAAAUCCAAGAAGUUCGAUGUUGAGCGGUUGUCCGGAGGAGGGCUCUAUAAGCGUGGUAAUCUUCUCGUUGACCGGUCGCGCUUCCCCUCAUCUUCACAACGGGGUGUUGCACGUCGGGGAUGAAAACACAUACGCUAUACCGCAAUGGGGCGUGCUCGCCAGAAGCGAGAUAGGAUUUCUGGUGCACGAGGGUGACGGACAAUCGAGCAAACAGCCCGGCUCCCGCUUGAAGACCCCGAAUUUGCCGAUUUGGGUCACCCUGUGCCACGGCCAUCACGGUGUCCUCUUCAACACGAAUCGCGAGCUGCUCAGAAAUUAUCACGCCGAGCGACGGUUCGAGAUUCAAUACUUCACUUGCGGCGGGAGCCACGCCAUUCUGACCGUGGACACCAGGUCAAAUUCCGGAAACGAGUCCGAGUUGGAGGGGCCGAGCAAGGAAUGCACGGACAUGGCUGCAACUCCGUUGGAGAAACUGAUUCGUUCCAAGUGGCAAGACGCUUAUAUACAGUGGAACGGAGCGCCUUUGGUGUGAACGCGUCGUGUUCUCGUAUUCCUUUUUUCUCUCUCUCUCUCUCUUUAGUUUAGAAAAUUUAAUAUAAAAAUCUAAUCGAUCGUUUCUCCUUUAUUAAAUCGUAGUCGAAUUUAGCCGCUUGAACGAAA